GAAAGAGCUCCGCCUCUGGACGACGAAGUCGCCCGAUCCUUGGGCUUUCUGAGUUGUGCAAACCUCGCUGCGAAACGCCACCCGACAAUCGGGUGUUGCGCGCCUCGAAAGUGACACUUGAGAUUUAUUUCUAUGAUUAACGACUGACGCGAUCUUAUCGGGACUUCGCGAACCAGUUGCGAUUAUAAAAUUCUAAAUUGACCGCCGCUCUUUGAACACGCCCACGCAACGCGACGCGAUUCUCGAUUUCAGUUAUUAGGCCAAUGCGGGCAUAUAGCGAUCGCGGUUCGAUUUUUGUAUUCCUAUUUUCACUUCGAUAUUUUUUUUUUUUGUUCUUUGUUUUUCUCAAUUCAAGUCAACUGCGAACGAUUCACCGAAUUCGAAUCGCUAAUUUAUUCAUUCGUCGUAUUCAAUCCCAUCGGUUAAUUUCGGACUUUGUUUUCCUUCAUUUUACGUUUUUUAUUUUUUCUAUUGCGACGAACGGAAGGGCGUACACUUUACCUUCGACCGUGUCAGUAUUAUUAUUGUUUUUAAUAUCGUUGUCAACACCGUCCCUAAUCGCGAGGUACAUCUCUGCGAUUGCUGUGUGAGUUUUGAAAAGUGACGAAAAUUCAAUACCAAGGAUAAUUUUGUAAAAUAAUUGAGAUCGUCGGUGAAGCUGCGUCACGCUCGACGUAACCGGGAGUGAAUCGAAGCGAAGAGAAAUUUCGAUCAUUUUAUUAAUUAGGAGAAAACUCUAACCAAUAUGGGUGGCUGUACUUCGAAGGAUGCAACGUCCAGCGAUGACAAAAAAAAUACCAUGGUCGACCAGCAGACGUUGGAAAAGCUCGAGUCCGGCUACGCCAAGCUCGCAGCUUCUAACAGCAAGUCGCUACUGAAGAAAUACCUGACCAAGGAGAUCUUCGAUCAACUGAAGACGAAGAAGACAUCGUUCGGCUCGACCCUGCUCGACGUCAUCCAAUCCGGAUUGGAGAACCACGACUCUGGCGUAGGGAUUUACGCCCCGGACGCUGAAUCCUACACCGUUUUCGCCGACCUCUUCGACCCCAUCAUCGAAGAUUACCACAGCGGAUUCAAGAAGACCGACAAACACCCCCCCAAGAACUUCGGGGACGUUGACACCCUUGGAAACCUCGACCCGACCGGCGAGUUCAUCGUCUCCACCCGUGUGAGAUGCGGACGUUCCCUCGAGGGUUACCCCUUCAACCCCUGCCUAACGGAGGCUCAGUACAAGGAAAUGGAAGACAAGGUUUCCAGCACUCUCUCCGGUCUCGAAGGAGAAUUGAAGGGCACCUUCUACCCCCUCACCGGGAUGGCCAAGGACGUCCAACAGAAGCUGAUCGAUGACCAUUUCCUCUUCAAGGAAGGCGACCGUUUCCUCCAGGCGGCGAACGCCUGCCGUUUCUGGCCAACCGGACGUGGUAUUUUCCACAACGACGCCAAAACUUUCCUGGUUUGGUGCAACGAAGAGGAUCAUCUCCGCAUCAUUUCCAUGCAACAGGGUGGUGACCUUGGACAGGUCUACCGUCGCCUCGUCACAGCCGUAAAUGACAUCGAAAAGCGCAUACCGUUCUCUCACAACGACCGUCUUGGUUUCUUGACUUUCUGUCCGACGAAUCUUGGAACGACCGUCCGCGCGUCAGUUCACAUCAAGGUUCCAAAGCUUGCGGCGAACAAGACCAAGUUGGAGGAAGUUGCGGCAAAAUUCAACUUACAGGUACGCGGUACUCGCGGUGAGCACACCGAGGCCGAGGGUGGUAUUUACGAUAUUUCAAACAAGCGUCGUAUGGGUCUCACCGAAUACGACGCGGUCAAGGAGAUGCACGACGGUAUCGCCGAGCUAAUUAAAAUCGAAAAGGAGCUCUAAUUAUUCGAGUUUUCCCGAUACCAGAAUAUACCCUCUUUAAGAGCACCGGCAACGAAUAACCACCACAACAACAACAACAGCAUGAACUACAACAACCGGUAAUUUGUUAUGUGUACCGAAAAAGAAGAACCGCAAAAUUUUUAAUCGCAACCAAAGCAGCUAUGAUGCGUUAUCAGUAUAUCAGGCAAAUAAUAAUAAUGACAAGAACAACAACAACAAUAAUAAUAAUAUAAUUAACAUUAUCGUUGUAUUCUUGUUGUUAUUAUUAUUGUUACUGUAGAGUCAUUAUUAUCAUCAUUAAUAUUAUUCUUACCUAUUAUUAAUUAUAAUUACAAGUAUUAUUAUUAUACUAUGUUUUUAAAAUACGACUAAUAUCAUUAAUUGUUGUUAUAUAUAUAUAUUACGAUUAUUGAUUAAUCAUUAUCAUUAUUAUCACUGUAUAAUUAAUUGUUGUUAUACGUGAAAGGUUGAGCUUCAUUUUCUUUUUGUUUGUCCGAAUUAAGUUUUAUUUUUUAAUCUAAUAUAGUAUAACCAAAGCUUAUACCAAAAAGAAAACUUAAAAGACAGCUAGAAAUUUGAGAAAAUCCAAUACUGAUGAAAAGUCGAAUGAAAAAGAAUUACAGCAAAUCCAUUUUAUAUGCAUGUAUAUACAUGGUCGUUGCAUGUAGCAAAGAGAAUGAGAAAAGAGCAAAAGUGAGUCGCAGUCUCUGACAUAAACUUGUACCUUUCGAUGAGGUAUACAGUACGUAUAAUAUAUCGGGGACCGCGAUAGAAUGGUCAGUAUUUUAUGUUACCAAAAAAAUGAAGAAAAAGAGAAAAGUUUUUAACUUGCUAUGAUACAGGAAUAAAUGAAUUAACAAAAACAAAUAAAAUGAUUAAUUACGUGAAUAAUUAAUAAAAUUAAUAAAUCAAAGAAAGUAUUUAAAUAACAAAGUUUACCUACAAAAGGUCUAGGUAUGUGUAACGAUAUAACGAGUGCAGUAUUUUUUCAAGGCACUGGUGCUGUUAUUUUGCUUUUAUUGUUGUUAGGGUAUUGAACGUACCGUACGUACUACACACCGUACUAUGAUGUAUUCAUUAAUCGUGCUAGUGCUGAAAAUAACGUUGUGAUAUCGAUUAAAUAAAAAGGAAAAGAAAAAUAAAAAAAUAAAACAAAAUAAAAUUAAUGAAAAAAUA